CCAUGUCGAGGCGCAAGCAAGCCAAACCGCAGCAGAUCAACUCCGACGAGCCCGGUUCGUCACAAAAUGGGAUUCCUCCUGAUGAUCAAGCUAAGGAAACUGCAAAUGAAGCAAAGAGAUUCAGAGUCGACGAGACCAGGGUCUGCAACAAGUGUUGUGCUGAAUUCUUUGAUGAAGCAGAAUUUCUUGAACAUGAGAAAAAAUGCACUAAAAGUCCACAAGUUGUCGUCAUGAAAGAUGGAGAUGGCCAUGAAGUGCCUGAGGAAUAUUCUCAAGGCUCUCCCGAAGGCUUCACCAGUGACCAUGACGAUAGCCAGUCCAGCAGCCAUUCCCUAUCAAAUGUCAAUACAGACCAUCUGGAAAGAACGGAGGAGGAGGAGUCUAGCAUGACUGCAGAUGACUCGGGACAGCAGGAUCAGACAGAAAUGCCUGCUAGCCCUGAGAUGACUUUCCUUCCCUCACUGAAAAUGCAAAAUUCAAAUGUCACUCUUGAAACCAUGGCAGACACCAAAGUGGCUGUCUCCCAACAUUAUUCAAAUAUUACAUCUCUGACCUCAUCACAAGAGGUCCUGCAGGCCAUCCCGACUAUCUUGGAACAGUUGGUGUUCCUUCAGCAACAGCAGCUACAUCAAAUCCAGCUCACAGAACAGAUCCGAAUCCAAGUAGCCACAAUGACUCCACAGGGUCUCCAGUCAUCAGUAGGAGCAGCAAUGGACCCUUUGAAAGCUCUCGGUGCACAUCUCUCUCAACAGCUGUCUGCUGCAGCAGCUCUGAUAGGAAAAAGGACUGGCAGUCAGAGCCUUUCUCUUUCUAUGGAGACCAUGAAACAAGGUAAACUCCCUCUGUCCACUGGCAUCCCUACAUCUCUACCCAGAGGACUGGAAUCUAUGACUUCUAAAACAGACAUUGUGAAGGUCAUUCCAGAUAUGGCUAUCCGCUUCCCCGCACAACUGCCACAGUCACAAAGUGUCAUGGGUUUCACUGACACAGUCAACGGUAUCCAAUCAGGGAUUGAGUCCUCCAAAAAAGUGAAGACGAAAAUGCUGACCCCCCCACCAGAACCAAAGACUGGUGACUCGUUAUAUAGGCACAAGUGUAAGUACUGCGGAAAGUCCUUUGGCAAUGACAGUGCUCUCCAGAUUCACCUGCGUUCUCACACCGGCGAAAGGCCCUUCAAGUGUAACAUUUGCGGAAACCGCUUCACAACCAAAGGAAACCUCAAAGUGCAUUUCCAGAGGCAUAAAGACAAGUAUCCCACCAUUGGCAUGAACCCACAUCCUGUGCCAGAGCAUCUUGACAACAUCCCCACCAGCAGUGGCAUUCCCUUUGGCAUGUCUGUACCCAUAGACGAGUCAAAUAUGACCGACAGCAAGCCUAUGCUAGGUCAUACUGCUGCCCCCUUCCACCCGUCACCCGCACCAGGAUUCAAGACAACAUUUGACAGCUUUGCAGGGGACCAAUUUUCUCAGAGACCCUCCCCAACAAGGGAUGGCUCCCCAUCUGUUUCCUCUCAUGCGUUUAUCCAAGAGAUGGGAGGAGAUCCCAUUCAGAGGGAUGCUAAAGAAAUGUUUGGAGUACUGCAUCAUAUGAAUGGCGAUGCUCUCAUAGGAGAACAAAGCUCUGGUACUGCAAAACUUCAGCAGAUGGUGGACGGCCUGGACAAGAGGACCAGUGACCCCAAUGAGUGUGUAAUCUGCCAUAGAGUGCUGAGUUGCCAGAGCUCACUCAAAAUGCAUUACCGCACACACACCGGCGAGAGGCCCUACAAGUGCAAAAUCUGUGGCCGCGCAUUCUCCACCAAGGGUAACCUCAAGGCCCAUUACGGAGUGCACAGGGCUAACACUCCCCUUAAAAUGCAGCACUCGUGUCCCAUCUGCCAGAAGAAGUUCACCAACGCUGUGGUUCUGCAGCAGCACAUUCGUAUGCACAUGGGUGGGCAGAUCCCCAACACCCCGAUACCAGAAAACCAGUUUGACGCAGCAGACGUAAUGGAAUCAUCUCUAUCAGAGGAGCAGUCUAUGGAUAUGAAUGGUUUUGAUGAAAGCUUGGAGGAUCAUGAGCCAGAGCUGAACUCCCAGAAGCCAAACGACACCUCCGAUUCCCUCCCACCUGCCUCUGAGGAACCACCACAGAAGCAUACUGCUCCCACCAUUCUUUCCAGCCUAGACGUUUUGAAGAAUCUUACCUCUGCUCUUGCACUGAAACGACAGAGUAGCACCGCUUCGGAAAGUGAGGCAACGUCUAAAGAAUCCCCUUCAGCUCCCAAAGAGCAGGAAUAUCAGACUGGCCGCAGUCCGGCCAUUUCUGACUCUGCCAUGUCUUUUCACUCAUUUUCUCCACUGAACAACAACAUGAGUAUUGGCAAGUCUACCGAGUCUGCUGUUGAUGACUUUGCCCGCAGUGUGUCUAAAGUAGAAUCUGAUGGUGGUGCUCAAGGUGGCACUGAGUCCAAUGGGGCCCUUGACCUCACAGCUUCCAGCAGCUUCACACCCAAAGCGAUCAAAGAAGAGCCUGGUAUGCUAUUCACAAAUGGAGAUUAUGUUCCCGGCAACAUGACCUUCGUGAGGAUGCCAUCAAGUCUGGCCAGCCUGGAGAUGAAGCUUCCUCCUGAGAAUCCCUUGGGCUCUCAUGGUUUGUUCAGCUCCCACAUGCCUCAGGGAACAGCCUUGCCCUCUUCCAUCUCCAGUGCACCGCGACGCUCAUCCAAACAGCACGUGUGUCAUGCAUGUGGCAAGAACUUCUCCUCCGCCAGCGCCUUGCAGAUCCACGAGCGCACUCAUACAGGGGAGAAGCCUUUUGCCUGCAACAUCUGCGGCAGGGCUUUCACCACCAAAGGAAAUCUAAAGGUGCAUAUCGGCACUCACAUGUGGAACAACACGCCGCGGCGUGGCCAGCGUCUGUCCCUGGAUAACCCCAUGGCGCUGAUGGCAAUGAGCUCCGAGGCUAAGAUGAUGCCAGAAAUCCUGCAUGCCCCCAAAGAACUGGGUGCUCCACCAAUGAACUUUGACCAGUCUCUGUGGAACCAGUAUGCUUCUGCCUUUAGUGGGGGCCUCACCAUGAAGACCAAUGAAAUUUCUGUCAUCCAGGGUGGUGGCAUCCCACUCCCUGGGAGUCCUGCUGGUGGGCCUCUGAUUGGAUCCACUGGAGGCCUCAUGAAGAUGAAUGGAUCCCACUCUGGCUUGCCUGCCACCAUGGCAGAAAUGGAGAAGACCAGUUCCGACAGCGUGCCAAAAUUACAGUUCCCACAUUUCAUGGAGGAGGGUAAAAUUGCAGUUAACUAGGUUUUCUUUUAGCCUUCAAUCAAUCUACCACCUGAACUCAGUUUUUGAAUGUCUCUUUUUGAAUGAGGUACAAUCAAUAUUCACAGAGAACCUUGUAGAACUUAGAUGUGUUUUUGAUAUUAUUAUUUUUUCAGUAACUUCAUUGCAGCUCUCUCUCCUCUUGAUUCUAAGUGUUAUUUUUAGUUGAACUUGAUAGAACUACUGUAGUUGUAUUUUAUUUGAUAUAAAUAUAUAUGCGGGUAUUUUUGUUUUGCUGUCUAUCCAGAAGUUUGAAUGUUUAACUUACUUGAAACUGCUUUAAUUCAGACUGUCUCCUCGAUAGUUUAUUUUUUUUUUUUGGAAGGAUUUUGACUAAUAGGAAGUUUCAGGGCAUGGCUUUUUUUAAGAACACCAUGUCUCAGUGUUCAGAAAUGAUGGUGUAGUUAAUGUAUGUAUCUAGAAUGACUGACUACUUUCCCUCCUAUUGUGUGCCAUAGGUUUUAUGACAUUGUACAUGUUUCUAGUGGUAAAUGUCAUUAGCAUGUCUCAUUUUUGAAGGGGGUUUUGAUCAGACUGACUUAUUCCAGUGUGUUCUCCAUUAACUCAAGGUGCAACAGUUCACUCGUCUGUUUCGGAGAAUGUAGGUUACAAAAUAGGCCAAGAUACAGUAGCUAAUGACCUUUUUGACAAGUGCCUCAAUUGAAUUGUACAAUGUUGCUGUUGUCUUUCACUGCGCCAUAAGGUUGUUAUGAAGGCUCUGUGUUGAACCAUAUGACAUUGUAGCGUUGCAUUGUAUUUCAUAUAUCAGUUAAAGAAAAGUCAAGUUCCCCCCCCAAACAUAUUCCACUUGUAAAUCUGCAGAUUCAAACUUAGUUGGCUGAGAGCUGAAGGCUACUAUAUGCUUAAUGAUCUCAUGCCUGCACUUUAUUUCAGGUUUGGGUAUGUUUACAUGUUAAAGUUACAUGUCACUGCUUUUAUUGUGAUGGCUGAACAAGGAAAGGGCAAAUCAGAAAUUGUCAACUUUCCCAUCCUGUCAGAUUUUGUGUGACUCAACCAAUCGUCGGAACCUUUCUUUCUAGGUUAUCGUAGCAUCAUUCAUUUAUUUAUAUUUCACAAAAUGCUUGAGUCUAGGGGGUACGUUCUACCUCGUUUAGCUUUUAGUUGUCCUUGCCCCCGACGCUCAACGCUAUGCUCUGUACAUUUUCCGAUACAUUCUUGUGUACACAAAGAUUUUCAUUCUCAACCUGCUGAGUUGAACAGUAAUGAAUGUAUCACUGGACACUUUACACAACUCAGAAUGGUCAGAGUACUUUGUAGGCCCCUGCUGUACAUUCCUUAUCGAUAUGCAUUUGCCAAGUUGUGCCUUUCUUUAGCAAACCAUGUCAAAACUGCUUUAAAGUUGGUCUCUCCAAUUC